AUGUACAAGGAGUUAAGCGACACAGAUUUGACGGAAUGCCUCCAGCAUGAUCAGAGAUAUCAUUGUCAGUUCCAAAAUGUGUUGAGUAAAAAUGUCAAAACUAGUUGCCUUUUCAUACUCUUCACAAGGAACUUGGAACUGAUUGAAGACACCUGCGACAUGCGAGUUGAUCACAUCACCAGAACAGCAACUCAAUUAUCCCCACAUCGAUUUCGUUUGACAGCACCGGAACCUGAAAUCUUGGAGAUCUCCUGUACCAAUCCCACGUCCUACCAGCAAAUCUCGUUCAAAGGGAUACAAUACUUUUCCCUCAAUUUGUCUUGUUCAGCCUCCACCCCAAAUUAUUUCUUCACAGUAAACACUCAACUUCAUGAAAAGGAUAAUUUGAUAGCUGUUCCAUUUGAGUACACUAAGGAUCAAUUCCUGGGCCCAGCCAUAUUAAAACAUUCUUUAAAAAGAAUCAAAAAUGAACUAACACUCAUGAAAGGUAAUAGGCUGGGACCCAUUUCUUUGAAAGCCUUCAAAACCAGAUUGAGCAAAAUCCCUAAGUUUUCUCCCUCUUCAUCGCUUUGGGAGAAACUUAAAUUUGCCACGUUGAUAUUUUCAUUUACAGUUUCAGUUUUUAAUGUGCUUUAUUUCCUUCGACUCAUGGCUGACAAGUACUUAUGUUGUGGGUUUACCCAAUGGCGUGAGAACAAGAAACUUGAAAGGAAGCAAUGGAGGAAGCACAAAGCCAGAGAGGAAAAAACUGAAGCCAGUACAAGUUUAAAGGCUGACAUCGAAACCGAAGAUAGUGAU